UUAUAGGGGGAAAAUAAAAAGCUGACGUAAACCCGUCAGGAUUGAGACUGUUUCGUGCCACGUUUGUGAAAACUUUCGAGCAACAGCACCCGGCUGAACAUCUGUAAACGCCUGCAGUCACCCGACUGCCCUGAGGAACUGGAGAGGAAAAGUGAUUCGUCAGCACUAAAGUUGGACUGAAUCACACGCUGUUUCGACACAUAUGUGAAAAGGAGGAAUAAGGGCUUCUGUCUGUAUCUGAAGUUCCUGCUUUUGGACUGAGUCACUGUGAGUUGGAAACAGCUGCCUGACAGAGGCUGGAGCGGCUGCGGGUGACGCGUGAAGCCUAAUGCCGCGUUCCAUUUGUCCUCGGAAGUGGGGAUUUCCCAGUUCCCAGUCGGAAUUUUCAACUGGAACGCCCCUCGAAGUGGGAUUUCCCACUGGGAAAGUGGGAGAGUCUUCACCACCCCCGAGUUCACAUUCCAAGAUGGCUGCCCCGGUGGUAAACAGUAGAAGAGAGCUCUGUAAAAAUUCGUAGCACUUCAUUCUAGUUUUGGUCACACUAAAUCAGUCGUAUUCAAGUAUUGUUCGGCAUAUAUAUGCUGCUAUAGUGUAAUUUACAUUUUUCAUGUGGUAUAUGCGAACUACAAACUUGUUUACCUACUUUGUAACUGGAACGCUGAUAACUCGGCUGUGACGUUAUUCCCAGUUCCGAGUUCCGAGUUCCGAGGUAAAUGGAACGCAGCAUUAAAAAGCUCCGCAGGUGAAGGGCGUGACGGGGCGUGCGGGCUUUGUUCAGACUCCACCUGAGUCACACGCUCAGUCACCCGAGAUCCGGGCCAGAGCUGGGGGAAACUGCCGGCUUAUUUUUUUUCUUAUUUCUCAUUGAUCGGAUCCGUUUUCCACGCCACACGAGCCCAGAUCACGCGGACUGUGAAUGGACCGUAAUGACAAGUCGCACCUAUUGGAGGCUUGACCCUCAAGUGGAAAGUGGGUCAUAGUCGUUUUUUUUUUUUUGUUUUUUGUUUUUAUCAUAGUGUUUUCUUUUUUUUACUGCUUAACUGUUUAUUGCCCGGGGGCCAUGGCGCUGUCUCAGGUCCAGUGUCUGGACGACAACCACGUGAACUGGCGGGUGAGCGAGGGCAAGCCGGAGUUCUUCUACAGCGAGGAGCAGCGGCUGGCGCUGGAGGCGCUCAUCGCGGAGGGCCGUGAGGCGUUCACGGACCACCUCCGCCAGCACGACGUCCGGGACUUCCUCUCGGAGCCGGAGCUGGAGCGCAUCAAGGGCUCGGCAGAGGCCUACCGGCCGGGGCACGAGCUCCACCAGAAGCCGGAGACGCCUCAUGGCCCGGCGGCGGCGGGGAGCCCCGCUCCGGGGCCCGGAGGAGAAGAGGCUGAAGAGGUGUCGCUGCAGUACUGGCCGGACCGGUCUGAGGCUUCUGUCGCCGAGCUGGACCUGGGGUGGCCUGAAUGCAUCUCCUACCGAGGGGUCACCCGGGUCAGCGUGCACACGCAGCCGCCCGCUGACGGACACACGCACAUCAAGGAGGUGGUGCGGAAGAGCAUCGCAUCAGCCCAGAAGGUGAUCGCUGUGGUCAUGGAUGUGUUUACAGACGUGGAUAUCUUUCGAGAUCUUCUGGAUGCAUCCUACAAACGCAGAAUCCCUGUGUACAUAAUCAUUGACAUAGCUGCUGUCCCCUGCUUUCUUUCCAUGUGUGGCAGAGCUGAUAUGCACCGUGGCCACCUAAAGAAUCUACGAGUACGCUGCUGUGGAGGCGUGGAGUUCUUCACGCGAUUGGCAAAGAAGGUGCGUGGCUCGCUGAGCCAGAGGUUUCUCCUCGUAGAUGGAGACAAAGCCAUCUCUGGUUCAUACAGCUUUACCUGGUCCUCGUCUCGCUUGGAUCGUCACCUCAUCACCGUGGUCACCGGACAGGCAGUGGAGACCUUCGACAUGCAGUUUCGUGAUCUUUACCUCAUGUCCAGAGGCGUCUCCCUCAACAAAGUUCCCAUGGUGGACGAACCGGUCCCUGACCCUGUCCCUCAGGCGGCGCCUGCUCCUGUUUCAGCUGCUGUUGCGAGGAAGCUCAUCAAUCCCAAAUAUGCUCUUGUUGCCGCAGGGACCCACACAAGUCCCACCUCCUCUGACCAGAACUCCAGCAACAAGAACUCAAAUUCCCAGAAUCCCACUGGACUGAAAAUAAUGAAAGGACGUCUGAAGGAGGUUAUUGAAGAGCCCCCUUUGCAUCCUGGGUUGGCUCAUUUGGAGAAGGCAUACUUGAUCCCGUACCUGCCCAUCUGGCCGGAACCAGAUCCGCCAAGUGAUGUGAUUGGUUUUAUCAACAUCAGGGAUGAAAGGAGGGCCAAUCAAGUUCACUUACAGAGGUCGGAAAGGUUUGAAGUUAGUAGUGCCAUACGCUUCAGCUCACCACUGGCUGUACCACCCCAGACCGAGGAACCUGCUGCAAGUCAUGAUCAUCCAAAAGAUGUUCAAAAAGAGGAAAAGGUGCCCGAGAAUACAAACCAGAAAGCAUCUAAUCCCAUGAGUCCAAUCAACAAUCAAUUAAAAACAAACACAGCUCAGAAUAAAGACCAAACUGAUGCCACAGAUUCCCCUCAACAGUCCGACACACCUUCAACACAAGAUGCACAAGAGCCAAACGCACACGCCUCCACACCACCAUCCAAAGUUAAUGCUGAGAUGCAACCUACGGACAAUCAAAGACAGACUCCUGCAGCACCUCCUGUCCCUAAACCCCGCACCCUGCAGAUAAUCAUAGAUCCCACCUUGUCAGAGCAUCCUGUGGAAGCCCAGGUUACUCUACAAAAAAUGGACCAAUUAGAAAGUCUAAACAAAGAGCGAAUAUCAAGGAAGCAGAAGCCAGGUCGCAUUCGCUUAACAUCAAGGAACGAGGACGGGGACUCUGGAAGUAAUGAGGGUAGUCAAGACAGCACAAAGGUCAUAUGUGACCGAGGAGUCAAUGAAGACCCCUCAAGUGCUUCCCCAGUAUCAGAUGAGGAGUUUUUUGACUGUUCACAGCAGGAGCAAGUUGACGCACGGGCCAAUGGAGUACAGGCAGGGUCAGGCAGAGGGAGUCGUCAAGGAGACGGACUCAACAUGAUGGCACGCUUCUCUCAGAGCAUGCUGGACCUGCGGGAGCCCCAGCAGUCAGAGGACGGCGCUGCCCUCAUCCGUCAGUCGCAGCAGCUGCGCAGACACGGACACGUGCCCUCCCCUCACAGACACAUAGGACAGCUGUUUCAGACCUCAACAUCUCCGGCUCGUGAUGCGAGAACGAGAGCACCCAAAGUCAUCAUUGCAAAACCAGGGAGCUUUCAUCGUCCCUCCCGAGCAGCUGGCCACGUGAUAGGAGGACACCGCUACUGGCAAGGUCAAACGGGGCAGCCCGACUCAGCCCACCAGCGGGCAGAGACCCGCUCGGGGCGGUCGCCACGGCGACACAGCCCGGGCUACAGGAAGGCGGAUCGCGCACCGCUGCAGCUGCCAGCCGAACAAUCGGGCUUACUUGGAGUCUCUCUCUCAAAAAUCAGCAACUUUAAAAACUUGAAAGGGCGAGGGGGAGCGUCCCAGAAGAAAGCGUCUCAGACUCAUAAGGCUGCCAGGUAGAAGUGUGGACCAGCACAGGUGUGCAGAGGGGUUUUAUGCAAGACUUUCUGCAUAGAAACUGAUCACACCCUCAUUUGUGGAAACUUCUCUAUGUCGUUAAUUGUAAUUAGAAUUUUACAGGCUAUGGAGCCAGCGGGGAAAGUGACAUAUCAGAUUAUAUUUGUGUUUACAAACAUGCACAAACAAGACUUCAUGGACAUUCUUAGUAUCUGUAGUAGAAUGAUCAGUCUUAACAGAUUUGGUACUGUGUUUGCUAAGGUUUUUUUGUUGUUUUUUUUUCAAAUAAGGCAUCUCAAUCCUGUAUCCCUGAAUUACCUCGUUAGUUUUUCUUCUUCGCUAGACUGUAUAAUGUGUCCACAUCCAGCAAGUGAAGACUUGUCUGAGUUAUGCAAUAUCAUUUUAUAUCUGCCGGUUGAUACAAAUCAUGCUUUACUGCUGAUAGCGGUAGGGUUGAUCACAGAUGGUGGAAGGACAGGGCUACCGUUUAAAUUGGAUUACCUGCGCAAAUGUAGACACAUGCAAUGUUAAGCACUGUCAUGGGACCAACAGUAACUGUUUUAAAUAAAAUUACAGACUGUUGCUGAACUAAUACUGUUGUGUCCUCAAACCAAGAAAUGUACCUGAAGAUGCUUUAUCAUAUUAACAGUGACAGAAUAUAACUCAAUUCUACACCAUCUGACGAACCAGUGAACUGAUCAGGAGAUAAUCCAAUUUAACGGUCGCGUAUGAACACCGACAUGUAUUUUCGGGUCGCUGGGAAAAUGCAAAUCUGCAUUUUUUGACUUGUAAAGGGAUUUUAAGUCUGUAUCGUGGUGGAAAUUUGGUUGAGGUCAUUUAUUGAAGCAAACUAGAUGCCAACGAGAACAGAUAUCAGCAGGCAUCCAACUCCAAAUUGCUUUCAACACAGCACUUUUUGACAAAUCUACAUCUCCAUGUGUGCAUGUCCUUUAGACGACUAACACGUGGACUCUCCCGUCAGUCUCCUUUUAAGAGAAAAGCAGGAUCUUUUCCCUGCAAUCCGUGGAGACAGAUUCUCACGGCCUCGAUUCCUGCUUCAGAUUUCGAGUGGUUACAUUCUUCAAGUAUCUCAGCAAAGUGACCUCUUAGACCCAACGAAGAGCAGGGACACCGACCUGCCUUAAGCAGAACAUUCUUUCACUAAAUCAGGGCAACGGGGUGGGGCCUAACUGUUUUUCCUUUGCGGAUCCAGCCUUGUUAGUAAAGCAGUCAAACGAAGCAAGGCGCUAAAUAAAACCAAAGUCUGCCUUUAUUCUUUCAAGAACUUCCUGGUUCUGCACUUGAACUUCAGCUUCACUGCAUCUGCAGAGGACUAAUGUAUUUGGAAAUGUAGGUUUUUCGUGCUACUAAUUAUUCGUGACAACUUAUACAUGUUGCACUUUUAGGAUAGUUGGAUGUUUUUCUUCAUAACUGGUGCUCUGGUGGUUUCCGCUUGAAACUGAAUUCAGACUUUUUUGGCUUUUCAUCCACUUUGCCUCCUUGCUGAUGCAAGUUUUAAAGUGAAAGCACAAUGCAUUGACAUUUUGCUGUUGAGAUGUACCUGGUCGGUGCACCAGUACCAGGUGGCCAGUAUGGUGAGGCCCAGAGUCAUGCCGGGCCAGGGCAGGUCUCCAGUGACGGCGUCUCUGAACAGGUGCAUGGCGUCUGCCCGCGGCAGGUGGCAGGUGCUGUUGGGGAUAAUCUUACUGGGCACCGCUAUGCUGUACACACGCUCCAGGUUCUCAUAGCCACCAAUCUUGUUAAAAGCUGUGCCGUUAUUUUAAAAGAAAAAACAACCAACUGCUGAUUAAUGAUUGCAUAUGUUUGCACCGUUUGUUUGAAAUGGGGGAAUUCGUACGUACCGGUUAUUGUUAGGAUGAUUGCACCCACUAUCAUGACAAAUGUUUGUAAAGUGUCUGUGUAGAUGACGGCAGCAAGACCACCUGAGAGGGCAGGAGGAAUGUUUGCAUCAGUUUUUCGUCGAUAAGAUAUAAAUAUUAAAACAGAAAGUAAUGGAAA